UUUCGGGUGCAUUUUGGGGUUUUUCGGGCGGAUUUUGGGGUUUUUCGGGGGUCCUGAGCGCUUUUGGGGACCCCCAGACCCUCGGGGGGCUCCACUUUGCCCACGUCAGGCACGGGGGGCUCUUCUUUGGGGCCACCACCGAGGGCGACGCCUCCCCCUUCACCCUCAUCGAGUUCCUCAACAGGCUGGUGACGCUGCUCCGGGAUUUCUGCGGCCCCCUGAGCGAGAAAAGCCUGGCGAUGAACCUGGCACUGGUGGGGGAGCUGCUGGAGGAGCUGGUGGAUUUUGGCCACAUCCAGACCACGAGCCCCGAGAUCCUUCGGAGCCUGGUGCAGUCGGAGCCCGAGAGCCCCAAACCCUUCAGCCUCCUCGACCUGGGAUCCGUGGGGUUGUUCGGGGCGGAGACGCAGCAGAGCCGGGUGGCGCCGGGGGGGGCGGCCACCAGACCCCUCCCCCCGCCCCGGGGGGACCAGCCCCUCAAACCCGAAGUUUUCGUCGACGUCCUCGAGCGCCUCUCGGUCGUCAUCGCCGCCAACGGAACCCCCCUGAAGGUGGACGUGCAGGGAGAGAUUCGCCUCAAGUGUUACCUCCCCCCCUGCGUCGAGCUCCUGAUCGGCCUCACGGAGGAAUUUUGCGUGGGAAAAUCGGAAUUGAGAGGCUACGGCGCGCCGGUGCGGGUGGACGAGUGCUCCUUCCACAGCUCCAUCCGCCUGGACGAGUUCGGCUCCGGGAGGGUCCUGAGGGUCUCCCCCAGCCAGGGAGAGAUGACGCUGAUGCAGUACCAGGUCCAGGACGAAAUCCCAGCCCCGCUCCCCUUCCGCCUUUUCCCCACCGUGGAAGAAGAACCGGGGGGAAGAAUCCGGAUUUAUCUCAAGCUCCGCUGUGACCUCCCCCCCAAAAGCCACGCCAUCAACGUCCGGCUGCAGCUCCCGGUGCCCAAAGGCGUCUCCAGCCUGUGGCAGGAGCUGAGCAGCCCCGAGCAAUCGGCCGAGCUGGAUUUGCCUUCCCGGAGCAUCCGCUGGGAAAUUCCCAAAAUCCAGGGAGGAUCCCAACUCUCCGCCCUCUUCAAGCUGGAUGCGGCCCCGCUGUCCCGUUGCUGGCGCCUGGAGCUGGGUCCUGCCCACGGCUCCUUCGCGCUCCCGGCGCUGUCGAGUUCGGGGCUGCGGCUCCGGUUCCUGCGGCUCCGCGGAGCCCCCGGCGCCGCCCCCGCCCCGCGCUGGGUGCGGUACCUCACCCACAGCGACUCCUACGUCAUGAGACUGUGAGAAACCUGGGAAAAAUCCUGGGAAAAUCCGGGGAAAAUUCCGGGAAAAAUCCCGGGAAAAUUCCGGGAAAAAUCCCGGGAAAAAUCCGGGAAAAAAUCCGGGAAAAAAUCUGGGAAAAAUCCCGGGAAUAAAGGUGGGAACAGAGCGGUGCCUCACCCACAGCGA